GUACAAGAUUGAAUUCCACUCAUGGUGUUCAGAGGGUGUUGACUAUUAAACAUUUACGUUAAAUUACAUAUAGAGUAUUAAGAAGUCAAAAAUCAGAUGCUUGGAGGAUAAUUCUAUUAAGGAAUUGAUCUUCAAUGUGGAGAGCAAUUUUUCUGCAUGGCACCACUUUGAUCACACUUUAUAUUGCUAUUUAUUUGAUAAGGAUUUACUAUGAGAGAUUACUAUGGGAAUCAAUAAGUAAUCGUAAAACAGUGAAAUUAACUGAACCAUCUCACGAGAGACUCCUUUCUACAGACCCCAUAGCCUAACACAAUCGAAGUUAUUAAAUAUGUAACAAUUUAUGCAAUCGUAAAUGCUAAAAGCAUGUAAUCUUCAUAGAACAAAGCCAUCAGGAAAUUAGUAUCUGUAUUACUGCGUUUAAUAAUUACAAUACAAAUGUAAGAAUUUGGAGCAUAUUUUGAAAAAGCCAUUAACUGUGGCAAUGAGAACUCAUUAAUUAGUCAGAAAUGAUGACAUCAUAAUGUGAAUAAUAUCUUGGAGAAAUAUAUUAAGUAACAUCGUGAAUUUGGAUUCAGUUAUUUGUGAUUGGAGAACAGAGUCUUAUAGUUUAAUAUCAACAUGACUGAUCAGUCAAAUCCAUCAAAAGUGCGGAACCUACUUUGGGACGACCAUGGUCUUAAGUUCUACUGGGAAACUCCUUAUGAGGCUAUGCAAAGGAAGGCCCUCAAAAAGGAGAACGAUGUCUUGGCAAAUAAUCGCUCUGAAGCUGCGCUUUUACAGCGUGAAAAAGAUCGGGUGGACACUGGUUGUAGACUUUACACCUCAAAGUUCACAAGGGAGAAAGAAACGUACCGUGAUUCGCUAAAGGAGUACAUUGCACAUAAAAAUGUUCUCGAGAGAGUAAUGGAAACAAAUAUGAACGAUCAAACAAGGAAUGAGAAUUUUGGUCAAUAUGGUCUGAAUAAAACUAGUAAAGAUUUGAGGAACUUAAUUGAAGAUGAACUUCACAGAAUGCACCCUGUUACAAAACGAAAACGUAAAGUUGAGUGGUUGGCUAAAACACAUGAACGCAUAGGAGUGUUUGACCGUACAAUGACAUUUGCAGAAAUUGUGGCAAGCAGGAAACCAAAGGAUCGAACUCCAGCACGACUGAUUUUACCGCCAGUCACGGCUGGGUACUCAAGUCGCAGAACAUGUUCUAAUACCAAUUCUGGUACCCAAUCAACCCAUGGUUCAUCAAGCACUGUGUUUGUAACUCAAUUAGAUGAUUUUGACACUAAUGAGCCCAUAAUUGGGGCAACUGACUCCACAGAUGAAAAGCUUACUCAGAACCUAAGUGCCAAAAGUGUGGAAAAUGGAGGAAAUAUUU